GCUUCGAUGUUGCUGCGGCGCUGAAGUCGCUGCAGGUGGACCGCAACGUGGGCCCCGUGAGCAAGGAGCUCUUCACCCCUGGAGCUGCAGCGGGCAGGCGGCGCCUCGAGGAGUUUGUGCGAAAGCGCCUUACCAUAUUCGGAAAGCAGCGCAACGAUCCCACGAAGCAGGCCCUAUCUGGCCUUUCUCCAUGGAUUAAGUUUGGCCAGAUUUCCGCGCAGCGCUGCGCCCUGGUCGUCAAGAAGGCCGCCAAAGGUGCGUCCAAGGCUGGUGCCGACGACUUUCUCGAGGAGUCCAUUGUGCGGCGCGAGCUCGCCGACAAUUUCUGCUGGUACAACCAGAACUAUGACUCCCUGAAGGGUGCUUCGGCCUGGGCAGUCGAGACGCUCAAGAAACACAGCAAGGACAAGCGGGAGUAUGUCUACAGCAGGUUACAGCUGGAGAAGGCACAAACACACGACGAGCUUUGGAAUGCGGCUCAACGCCAAAUGGUAUCUGAGGGCAAGAUGCAUGGCUUCCUUCGUAUGUACUGGGCAAAGAAGGUGUUGGAGUGGAGCAAGGACCCGGCCACAGCGUUGGCUACAGCCAUCUACCUCAACGACCGCUACAAUCUGGACGGGCGGGAGCCGAACGGCUACGUGGGCUGCAUGUGGUCCAUCUGUGGAGUGCAUGACAUGGGAUGGCCGGAGCGCAAGAUCUUUGGAAAGAUUCGAUACAUGAACUACGAGGGCUGUAAGAGGAAGUUCAACGUGAAGGAGUUCGAGAACAUGUAUCCAGCACACGAG